GUCUUAGGGCAAAUUCAACCAGGAACUCCUAUUGAGGCGCAGGUGUCGAGACUUCUAGCUUCUGCUGGACCCGGAAGCCUUGAGUACAAUAUUCCAAUUGGGCAAUUGGAGCCACGAAUGAGGCAUGCUUUUGGUGCUGUACGGCCAAACGAUCGUAAAAUCACCGAUUGAUCUCAUGGAACAAAUCCAGAAGAUUGGGGAUCAUCGGCAGCUAGUUCUUGAAGACAACGACGAACCGGUUCACGGACUUAUCAGGCUGAUGCAGGAAAGCGCAAAUGAGAUCGGCAGUAAGGCUUUUGUCGUGACAAGUAGUGGCUGCGUCGGACUCGCUCCACCACAGACGGAAGAUGGUGACAUUAUUGUGAUCUCGGCGAUGUUGCGCAGCUCAAUUGUCCUGCGAAAAGAGAAAGCCGAGAGUGGUAUCGCUCGUUGGCGCUUUUACCGCAUGGUAGGACGCGUGGACAUUGACGCGAUGACUGAGGGUGAAUUUGCAGAUUGAAAGGAGUAUCUCUUCAAUAAUAGAGAGUGGUCAAGCCGAGUACCUGGUCCACUGAGACCUAACCAGAUUAGCAACAAACGAAUCUAUAAAGUUACAAGGCAAACUAUUAAGUCCGCCUUGUCAUGCCCUGCUCGGAGCUGCCAAGCAACUAAUUUCUACUAUAACCGACGAUUCGCGAGUUUCAUUUCGGCGUUUGCAGAACUGCCGAAAUGCAAAAAGAACCUCAAACGUUCUUUAUGAAGAGCAGUCUCUCCAAGUAGCUCAUAUAUCAAAGA